AUGCCUCUCGCUUUAGACGGGCAGGAAAUCGUUAUUGUGGAGCUAGGGCAGGGGCUCAGAACAGUGGCAGCUUAUGGAAAAUCCACAACAGGCGCACUUGUUUGUUUAGAAGCUGAAUCGUUAGCUAGAGAAUGUGCUGUUAGAGAACCUCCUAAAGAUGUGAUUGAAGCAGCAAAUGAGUUAGGUGCCGCAUAUGGUGUUGCGAACCUCAUUAGAUCGUCUUUACCUCUUAUGGCUCGUGGAGUAAUAUUGUUGCCAACAGAUCUCCUUGCAAUGCACGAUCUAACGUUAGAUAAAGUUUACAGCAAGAAAAAUCCAGAAGCUGUUGCUGCUUUGGUGAAAGACAUGGUUCAG